AGUAUCAAACUUUCAGGACAAUUUCAUUCUUUAUAAAUUAUUAUAAAAAAUAAAUUUAUCAAAAUUUCCAGUUUUUUUAUUAAUUAUUAUUAAUUUAGCUUUUUUAAUAAAUAAAAUGCAUUGUACGUAUGAAUUUUCCCGUGGAUAUGGAACGGGUGUUUCUGAAGCAAUUGGAAAUUGGGGUUUUUCGAAUGGAAUAGCAAGUCAUGGCAAUGAAAUUCAAAGAAUGAAAAAUAUUUUUACAGAAAUUGAUUGUUUACGCAGUGAUAAACCAAUGAUUACUGUAAAAUACAAUUGUCGAAAUGAUCCUGAGGCUUGGAAUGUAAAACCAAGUCCCGAAGAAUGUAAACCAAAUUGGAAUUUUCCAGAAAAACGACCACUAAUUACAUAUAAUUCAGUUUGUGAAACUUUAAAACGAUCAAAUAUUAUUGAAAUUAAACCUGAAUUAGCAUAUCCAAUACCUGCCCGAAAUUAUUAUAUCCAACGAUCAGACAAAUGGUAUCGAAAGGGUUCGAAAAAUUGCCCUCAACCAAGUUGUUUAGCUCCUCAAUGUCCAAGAUUUUGUUAAAAGAAAAUUUGAAUUUAUGGAAAAUUAUUACAAAAUAAUAAUUAAUAUUCCAAUUUAAUUUUAUGUAUAUAAAAAUUCUACAAUAUGAAAAAAAAUAAAUAUUUUCUAUUAAAAAAAAAAAAUUCGCUAAAAAACAAAACACAAAUCACUAGCAACUGGAACAAAAGAAAAAUUAAUAUUCAAAAUAAACAAAACCAUCUAACAUUUUGGAUCACCUUUUUUCAAAAUUUUACUGAUAAUUAAUCAUAUUUAAGUAAAAAUAAAAAAAAAAUAACUAUGCCACCAAAAAAAGAAGAUAAAAAUAAAGACGAAAAAAAUAAAAAAGAGAACAAUAAAGAUAAAGAGAAUAAAGAUAAAAAGAAAGUGCCUGAGAAGAAUCAAAGAUUUAAUUACAAAGUAACAGUUGGAAUUGUAGAUAAACCUAAUAAAUGUAUUCCAGAAAUUCCAACAGAAUGUCCUACACGAUCUAUGCCUUCUACUUCCUGUCCUCCUAAACCUCCAAAUUGUUGUGAAAUUCAAAACUAUUUUCCAGAAAAACCAGAUUGCUCUUCAACUCCGAAAUGUAAUUCAAAAAAUUGCUAAAUUUCUAUUCAUUAUACAUUUUAAUAAGAGAAAAUUUCCUUAGAAUAAAAAUUAAUUUCUUCUAAAAAUUUGCAUUGAC